GUCCCACCAUGGCUCCGCACGACGAGGACGUCCAAAAAACAGAGUGCCGGGAGAACCGGGAGGGCAAGCAGAAGCUGUUCUCCUUCCGCUCCCUGCUCCGGAAGAGCCGCAGCAGCCGCUCCGCGGGAGAGGCGGCACGGACCGACGCCGCCCGCCCGACCGUGCCGGCGUCCAAAUCCUGCGACGCACGUUUGACCGUCGCCACGGAAACGACGGACCGGCGCUCAAAGACGUACCUGCUCUGGAAGCUGCUGCCACCCGCCCGGGAAAAAGGGCGGUUUCCGGUCUCCCGACGAGAGGAUGCGGUUGAGGACGUCCUUCAGCUGCAGCGACGUGUGUGACGCCGGCACUCUGAAGAGCGACGUGAGGGCGUCGGAGAGCACCGACGUCCUGGACCGGAUCCGGGAGUGGGGGCCGGCCCGGUCGAACCGGUACCCCCCGCCUCUCCGGUCCGGGCGACCUCUCCGCCCCGGUGACCGAGGACUCUUGCGCGCUGCAUCGGGUGAUGUGCAAGUUGUGUCUGACGAUGGUUCCCGCCUGCUGGAUGUACACUCUCCAAGAUUGUAGCUGUACUUUUUGUCUGACAUGUCUCCAACAGUACCUGAGGAUCAACAUCAGGGAAGGGAACGUGACCGUCACUUGUCCCGAUGCAGAUUGUAUCAUCACGGGAAAAAUCUUAAUUUCAGAAGAAAAAGCUCUAUUCGGGGAAAUAGCUGGAGAGGACGCAUACUACAUGUUUGAGAGGUACAAACUAAAUUUAGAUGUGGAACUGGAUCCCAACCGUGUGUGGUGUCCUUCUGUGGGUUGUGAGACCAUCUGCUCUUUUCGACCGUCCCCCGAUCCGAACCUGGGAGUCUGUGUCUUCUGCAUCUCAUGUAGGACCAAGUUUUGCUCCCUCUGUAAGCUGGGCUAUCAUGGAGCUGCGAGUUGUGAAGACGCCAGGAAAAACUCAAAUGAAGAAAUCGAGUUUUCUGCAAGUGACGACGAGAGUCCAAUCAAACGAUGUCCCAAUUGCCGGAUCCCGAUAGAAAAGGACGACGGUUGUGCCCAGAUGAUGUGCUACAGAUGCAAGCACGUCUUCUGCUGGCACUGCCUCGCAUCGUUAGAUGACGAUUUCCUGUUACGCCACUACGACAAGGGUCCGUGUCGAAACAAAUUGGGCCAUUCCAGAGCUUCCAUGAUAUGGCACAGAACCCAGGUGGUGGGCAUCUUUGCCGGCUUCAGCUUCCUCCUCUUGAUGGCCUCUCCUUUUCUGCUGCUGGCGGCACCCUGUUUCUUCUGCUGCCGAUGCAAGAACAGGUUCUUCUACGAGGAGGCCACACCCCUCUGA